CACUCUGGUCGAAGCCUCCACCAACGCUGAUAAGACAUCUUUGGCCAGCGGAGGCAGAUCAAUAACGGCGGAACUAGGUCCUCACAUCACAACAAGCAUCAUCAGAGACCUCUAGUGGUCAGUCCCUCAAGAUGCGCACGAAGCCCGCGUUGGCGGGCUCGGGCCGUAAACGAGCUAGCAAUGCUGCAGACAGGCUUUCCACGUCGUCAGCACCGCUAUCUCCGAUUGGUCAACCAGCAACGAGGAGGUCCAGCAGGAGCAGCGUUGAUAAGGGCAAGCAAAAGGCCGCGCAGGCUCCACCACAUGAGACGGCUGGACGACAUGUGCAGGAUGCGUUCGAGAUUGUAGUCCUUGGAGCUGGCGGCGGACCGUUAGAGACUGACGUCUCAGGCUACAUGCUCAAACCCGCUCACAAGGGAUGGGAAGAAGGAUUUGUGGCACUGGAGGGAGGAUCUGGUCUUGGUGCCUUGACGGAACUCAUUGAUCGCCAUGGGUCAUCAUCCCUCUUUCCGUCGACCCAUUUCCCGCCGACGCAUCACACCGCUCUGCUCAAGGCUGCCUACAUCUUUUCUUACCUAUCAUGCUACCUCAUCACUCAUGCACAUCUAGACCAUGUCCAAUCUCUCAUCCUCUUCUCCGGCUCGAUGCCACCACGAGGUCAACCACCAGAUGCGAGCAUUCUCUCACCUCCGCUAACCUCUAAAGCACAUUCCUCGGAUGACGAUGCGUCCUCAGACAAGGACGAUGCGACACCGGCACCCUCUCGCAUGCCAGUCCGAGUUUUGGGCGCAAAACCGACUUUGGAUCGGUUGAGCCUGGCUUAUGGUGGCGAGCUAUGGCCCGAGAUCGCAGACUGGGAAAAGUCACAUGGUGGAUCGGCAUCCAGGCUGGAAGCUAGACGAGGAUCACUUGGAAGCUACUCGGAUGGACCAUUGCAUCCUGAAUCUCAUGGGAGCGAGAUGAUCCUUGUGCCACUACCUGGCAACGAUGAGCCCGUCAAAGUGUCCCCCUCACUCCCGUUAUCUGUCCGACAGUUUGAAGUCUCGCACGGAUCAACGUCCAAGGGAGCUUACGAGUCGACAGCUUUGUUCAUCAGAUUGACAGAUCAUACCGUGGACGAUGCAAUGACACACCUAGGUCAUGGCUUCGAUGCGCGGUCAGACUCCAGCAAAGAACCAGAGCUGCUUUUCUUUGGUGAUGUCGAGAGCUCAUAUCGUUCUCCUGGAUCUGAAGACCAAGACACUGCCGCUCGAGAUCGGGCGGAACAAUGCAAUGGUGUUAUUUGGGCGGAAGCGGCCGAUUUGUGGGCUCAAGGCAGGCUGUCGGGCAUCUUCAUUGAAUGCUCUUAUGACAAUGACAGAUCUGCCGAUCUUAUGUUCGGCCACAUGCACCCCUAUGGAUUGAUGCAUGAACUGUCUAUCCUUGCCGCAAAAGUCACGCCCAGCCGCGAUCGACCCCUGGCUGGUCUCAAAAUAUACAUAACUCACAUCAAAGCCUAUCUCUUACCUCACCCGUCUGGACAGACUGCGAGCGAGAGGAUCAUGUCACAACUCGAUGCUUUGGAAAAGGAGCGAAAUCUUGGUGUAGAUUUCGUGGAAGUCAAACGCGGUAUGAGGAUAGUGUUGUAAGAUCUCACCAUGUUGUACUACCCAAUGCAUAAGAGAGAUGAUGUCGGAUGAUAGACCCAUUGUAGUAGAUGCAAGUCUUCAGCCAC